AUGUUCCUCUUGCAAUGUAUCGCUCAAACCUCAAGAUCGGUAUUCAGGUCGAGCUUGGAGGAUGCCAAAACCAAAGACAACGACUCUUCGACCGGCCUCCCGCCUUAUUCGAACGACUGGGACAUUGACUGGCGGGUCUGGGCGUCCAUUGCUCCAUCAGCCACCAUCGAUUUACCAGUGAAUGACAGACACAAUUUCAUGGACUGGGAUCAGCACCCAAUCCAUGUUGUUGCGUGCAAGCCCCGCUUUACUGCAUACCAGGGCCCUGUGAGAAUCUGGCGUGAGGCUGGGGAAGAUGCCGUUUCGGUGGAGAUUCAACGGCAGAGGUUGAAUGUCACAGAUGGGAUUGUUGGUAUACAGGCAGCAAAGCUUAUGUACAGUGGUUUUCAGUCGGCAUCGAAGGGAAUAGAUCAGUCAUCUACCCAACCAGUGGGGUCUGAGUAUACCUUUGCAGCGAAUGGUACUUCGAGGGAGCUGCUUUGGGCAGAUAUGGCACUGUUCACUGAUUCUAUUACUGAUUCUUUCUCAUGUCUGAUGCAGCAGAUGGCGAAGAACAAGCUCCUGAAAGACGACUUGCAUUAUGUCGAGGGAACAGAGCAAUCAUUUGAGGACCGGCUGUUUGUGCGUCAAAUGUCGUUCUGGCUAAUGGCAGUCCUAUUGACCGUGUUGAUUGCUCUUGUCGUCGUUCUUCUUUGCUUUUUUGUUCCCGUCGCUGUAUGCCCACAAGACACAGGGUCUAUUGGAGGAGUCGCUUCUAUACUUUCCCAAAGCCCGGAGUUUAUGACCGCAUUUGGCGGAACACAGUUCGAAUCAGAAGCAAAGAUGGCGAAGUCUACGCUGGGCCAGACACAGUAUAGUACCCUGAGUGAUAUAAAGGGAGCCUUUGUGCUUCUUCCUCGGGAUCAACCUACGCCCCAACCUGUCGAGCCUAGCGAACACCAUUCACCAGUUUGGUGGCAACCGUUCGCAUCCACUUGGUUCAUUCAAAUUGCUGUGGUCGUUCUUCCUAUCACUGUGAUCAUUGGCCUCGAAGUCGUCUAUCAUAUCUCUACCAGUCGGCGUGGGAUUACCCUGGUUGAUGGGAAAUCACCUUAUAUUCACUAUAUCUGGGCAUAUAUCCCGGCGCUGAUUAUGUUUAUCAUUCGAUGUCUUUUCACAUCCAUCGAAUUUAGCACACGCAUUAUACAGCCCUAUUCCCGCCUCCGCGAGGGCCUUGCUCCGCCAGAGACAAGCAUCUUCGAGAACCAACUCCGCAAGAUCGCCCCCUAUGCCGUCUUUGACACGCUCCGAAAGAAACAGUGGGCGCUGACUGCGGCCUCUAUCUCACUCCUUCUCGCGGCUAUCAACCCUAUCGUUGUGUCAGGUCUCUUUGCUUCCAAGGCCUCGGGGCCUACCUCCCCCUAUGAAUCUCACGCAGAUCACCCGUUGGAACUUGGGGACUCUGCCUCUGCCGAUCGCGUGAUGAGAUACUGGGAGCCACAAGACUUCGAUUCCGACCACACAGCCGGUCUCAUUCUCAACCUCAACCUCUCUGAUCCACAAUGGACACAUAACAAUCUGGCCUUCCCGCAAGUCGCGCUCACUAGCAGUGACCACUUGCUACCAGACACGGGAAUCAUUGAAGUGCGGAUUCCCGCUCUGCGUAGUCGCCUCACUUGUGCGCCAGAUCCGGCCAACGGUAGCUGCACCCAAAGAGAAAGUCAAGGGCUGUGGUGUGGGUCUGACUCCGGCUGCCUCCUCGGGGAAGUGUAUGCCGAUGCCACCGCAACAGACAAAGACUAUUUUCUUAGAUUUCCGUCCGGAAUUGUAGGCGUUCCACCUCCAAAUUGCCCCACACAUGCUAUGCUAUACGUCAAAAAGAGCCAGAAUCGCACUUCCACCGAUUACCGCUUCAUAUACUGCGACGCCACCAUCGAAGAGGUAGAUGUCGAUACAGAACUCCAACUUCCUUCGCUAUUAAUCGACCCCAAAAACCCGCCUCGCGUAGUCGAGGGCUCUACUCGCACACCGUUCGCGACAAAUCGCAAUUCAUUCCCCUUAUUCGCGGAGGUAUCAAGUUUCCUCUUCAACACCGACCCUAGUUACAAUAAUGCCUCCCUAGAAACGCUUACGAAGGGCGUCAACGGUGUCCCGUUAAAUGAGCUUUUCGACCCUGAUGUACUGAUCGAUCGCGUCAACACGGUUUGGGGAGUUCUCAUGGCCCAAUUACUCAAUACCGGCGCAAGGGAAUCUUUCAAUGAUCCUUUCAAUGCGACAUACUUUGUUGAACCCGCCACCAUGGAAGCACCUAUCUAUACGGGAAACUUCCACGACGGAAGAAAAUAUCUCGUGCAAAGCGAGAUAUCAACUCGAAUUCUAGAUGGCGUGCUUGGUAGCAUGGUUAUGUGCGCGCUGAUCGCACUAUAUGUCAUGCGCACCAAGAGAAUCAUUCCUAAGAGUCCGACGAGUAUUGCUUCCGUUGCUAGCUUGCUCUAUGGCUCCCGUGUCCUAGGCUCUAUCUUUCCUCCUGGUGCAGCAUGGCACUCUUCCGAGGAAUGGAAGAAACGAGGGGUGUUUGAUGGACGCACGUUCUCAAUGGGCUGGUGGGAGCCAGUGUUGAUGUGUUGUCCUCUUGUGGUACCAGUUGAGAAAUCUACCCCGGUCACUCUUCCAUUAUGGUCUACUUCCGUUGCAGAUGCAACGGCAGGGGUGUUGAAUGGAGGCUUGGACUUUGAUCGCAAAUGA